UGCCUAUGUACAUGUCUUUGAUAAUAUUUAGGUUAGGUUUUGUGUUUUUCAAUUUUCAAAAUCUUUUAAGCUAUUCAGGAACAGGUAAUGGAAAUUAAGACUGAAUUCGAGAUUGACGAAAAACUCGACAAUACUGAAAUAUAUCUUAAUAGUUUCAUUAAAACCGAAUUAGAUUCAACCAUCACCACUAGCACCAAUUUAAAUGCCACAAAGAUCAAGGAUUGUGUAGAAGAAUUAGAGCUGCCGUCUUCCGACACCCUAACAGUUACGCCCAGGGACUAUGAAAAAGCUUCGGUCAAUCCUUGCUCUCAAAUUUUGGAAGGACGACGUGGUGAAUUAAACUGUGAAAGUGAAAAAGAAGGCAAAUUUGGACUAUUUAAAUGCACCGAAUGUCCUCACACGGCUCAGACCCACCGUAUGUUGCGAAGACAUUGUUUAUUAGCACAUAAAUCACUGUUUAAAUGUAAUCAGUGCACUUACAUAACUGACAAGCAGGGACUUCUUAAAGAACAUAAGAGAAACCACGACCCGUUAGCUAUUCAGCAUAGAUGCCCAAAAUGUACUUUUACAACAAAGCACAGAAGCUCAUUUAACAACCACAAAAAAUUCCAUUAUCCCUCUCCGACUCCAUUACACUGUGCACAAUGUUCCUAUGCCACAAACUUUAAGGGGAACUUAAUUAAGCACGUUAAGGUACAUAAAAAUACACAAUUAUUAACAUGUGAUCAGUGUGCAUUUACAACAUUCUCAGAUCAUACUUUUAACGCUCACAUUAAACAACAUGAGAUUUCUAGCGUUAUGCAUGUAUGUGCCGUUUGUUAUUUUUCAACAAACAGUCGCGAAUCCUUCGUUAAACACUGUAGGGUACACAAUGGCGUAAAACCAUUAAAGUGUGCUCGGUGUCCGUUCGAAACGAAAUACACAAAUAGCCUGAAAAGGCAUAGUGAAAUUCACGGCGAAGUGAAUCUGUUCAAAUGCAAUCAAUGUCCGUAUACGGUUUUCGGUGAAUCAUCUCUGAGAGCACAUAUGGCCGAGCACAAUCUGUGCAGUGCCGAUUAUACAUGCAAUCGAUGUUCGUAUACCUCGAAAAGUAAGACUAAUGUAAAAAGGCAUGCUCGUGUGCAUGGCAAGUUUCCAAUAUUCCACUGUAACAACUGCGCAUACUGGGCAAAUUCCAAAGGAAAUCUAAUACAGCAUUUCAGAUCUUGCCAGAAAAGAGUAGGGGAAGAGCAUUUGACUGAUAGAACUUUUACGGGAUUUCAAUGUGUUCAGUGUCCAUUUAGAACUAAACGUAAGGCGUGUUUCAAAAGACAUACUCUUCAGCAUAAUCCUGAAAAAGUAUACAAAGGUAAUCAACCUGAUUACAGGAAUACAUACAGUUUAUGUGCCGUUAUCGAGUUUAAGUGCAUUCAUUGUGGGUACUUAACAACGGACAAAGGCGAUUACCGAAAGCAUGUUACAGAUCACAAUGCAUUAAAGGUAUUUAAAUUGUAGUUGUUUAUGUAAUUAUAAUGAAUAAAAAGUUUAUUUUGUC